GGCUGAGAACUUAUUUAGAACUAUAUUACAGACAAGUGACAAUAUACUACAAAAGAUAUGAACGAAAUAAACAUCACAACACCAAGCAAUGAGUUUUUAACAGAACAUUUUGAUACAAAUAUGGAAACGGAUAGAUUCACUUUUGAAGAACCUUUAUUGGUGGAGCCCGCCGUAAUGUUCUCCACUGUAGAAACCCCGAAAGUAAGUGAAGAACCUCGAGUGCUUCGUAGAAGCCAACGGAUUAAAGACCAAAUGGAAAGAAAGAGGAUACAAUCCAUGAUAAGUGAUGUGGAGAAGGACCCAGAGCCACGUAAAUCUAAAUCCAAGAGAUCCACAAGACGUGUAUCUUCGACCAAUGGCAAGUGCAAAUGUAUAAAGUUGGCAUCAAAGUACUUUGAAUGCGCAAGUAUAAAUGGAAGGCUUUAUAGACUUAAAGAUCUAACAGAUGCCAUAAAAACGGGCAUUGCUUUAGAGAAUUUGCAGCAAAAGUCGCCCAAAAAGAGCAUGGGAAUUUCCAGAUCUCGUCGACCAGGACAAUCCAAAAAAAAGACGAAAAGCCCUAGCGUUGUAGAUCCAGAAGAAAUUGAUGAGAAUACUACAGAAAUGAAAGAUCUAACCAAUGCCAUAGAAACGGGCACUCCUUUACAGAGGUCGCACCAAAAGUCGCCUAAAAAGAACUUGGGAACUGCUAGAUCUCGUCGACCAGGACAAACCAAGAAAGAUACGAAGAACUCUAUAGUUGUAGAACCAGUAGAAGCCAAUGAGAAUAUUACAGAAUUGGCCUUGGAAACCGCCAGAUCUCGACGACCAAGACAACCUAAGAAAGAUACGAACAACUCUAUGGAUGUAGAUCCAGUAGAAUCUGCUGAAAAUACUACAGAAAUGGACGAAAAAUACCCCAAUUCAACUAGAAAGCGUUAUGGACUAAAAGAUAAAUCGAAGGACAGGGAAUACAAACCUCCCAGUUCUUAUCGAGCAGGAAAAUCCAAUCCGGAUCCUACGGAUAUGAACGAUAAACCGGAACCUCGUCGAUCUGAGCGCAUUACAAAUCAAAAGGAGCGACUCUUGAUGAUGUCUAAGAAACCAGAUCUUGAGAAUAUCGAAAAUCGUAGACCUCAAAGCAGUCGUUCAAAAAAACAGGAAUCAAAACUCAACAGCAUUUCCGGCGACAUGGAAGUGGGUAUUGCCAUUAAAAACAAGCAGCAGAAACAGCAGCGCAAAAAUCAACGCCAAAAAUUGGGGACUGCCGGACCAAAUCGAUUAGGAAAAUCUAAGAAUUCGAAAAGGUUCCAGUCUGUAGAUCCACAAAAUGUUGUACCUCCAUUGAGAGUUGCACCUGUAGUUGAUUGGGAAAAAAUAGGAGUUCCCAAAGUUGUUCAAGAACCCCAAAUAGUAUUGAGAAGGAGUGCCAGAAUUCAAGAAGCCAAACGCAGAAGAGAGUUAUUGGAAAAAAAUUUAAAGAAGGAUGAAGAAAAACCAAAGCCGAGAAAGGUGCCAAAACCUAGAAAGAAGCUACCUAAGAUCCUUGGACACCAGACAUGUUGCAAAUGCAAAACCAAAAUGACUCCUAAGUCAUUUUCGACUACGUACUUUGAGUGUGCCGAUAUAAACGGAAGACUUUAUAGACUGGCAGACCUUUCGGAAGAUAUGAAUGUAGGCAUGGCUUUCCAAAGGCAGCAAAAAAAAUCACAGCUCCAAAAGAGUCGUCGAGUUUUGGGAACGAAGGAACCUCUACCCAAGGAUCUCAAGCGCCUUAAUCGUAAACAUAAAUAAAUGCAAGUCCAUAUACACCCACCUAUUUAAAAUAUUAUAAUACAAAAUUGCUGUGAAAAACAUUUACCUUUCAGAUUUGUAUGUGUAUCUAUUUUUGUCAAUGUCAAUAUUUUAAAAUAUCAAUAUAUAAGUCUUUAUAUUUCAUUAUGACCACAA